AAGUAUGACCUUAAAUCAUGUGACUGUUCAAAAUGGCUGCCACUAGAAAGCUUGGAAACAUUGUUGCUGGUAAAUCGGUUUUCUUCUGCUGUGAUAUGCAGGAGAAAUUUCGUCCUGCAAUUCAAUAUUUCUCUGAUAUAGUUACAUGUGCAAGUAGACUGCUGCAGGCAGCAAAGAUUUUAGAUAUUCCAGUUAUAGCAACAGAACAGUAUUCCAAGGGUCUAGGUAAGACUGUUACAGAGCUGGAUAUAUCACAUGCAGUUGGUGUGUAUGAUAAGACAAAGUUCAGCAUGGUACUACCGGAGGUAGAGGAGAAGAUGAAGGAAUUAUGUGCAGGAGAUGUCCGCCAUGUUGUAUUGUUUGGUAUUGAGACACAUGUAUGUAUUCAGCAGACAGUGAUAGAUUUACUAGAGAGAGGUAUAGAGGUACAUAUAGUAGCAGAUGCCUGUUCCUCCAGGAGUCAGAUGGACAGACAGUUUGCAUAUGAGAGAUUUCGUGCUAUGGGGGUUACAGUGACUACUAGUGAAGCAAUACUGUUACAACUUGUUGGUGAUAAAAAUCAUGCCAAGUUUAAGGAAAUUCAAGGACUUAUAAAAACAAGUGCACCUGUAUCAGGACUUGUUAAACUUUAACAUAAGACUGUCAAAUGAUGUGAAAGAGCUUUGAAGGCAAA